CGAUGAUCACAGCAUCAUCGUAACGGUAUGUGGAACCGAAACCGGACAUUUGAUGAAAUGUGGACAUUUUAAUAAUGGAUAAUCUCUACUGGCUACCCAUUUUUCUUCAUUAACCAAUUUUAUUUAGUGGAAUUUCGAUUGUUGUGGACUUUAACAAAAGAGACAUUUGCAAGUAGACGAAAUAACAAUAUGAAUUUCGAAUCCAUCUCGCGGCGUUUGCCGUUAUUGGCCUCCGUAUUAUUGGGGCUGGUGCUUCAUACAGUCCUAUCACAGACUGAAGGACCACAGAACCUAGUCUUCUUCAACGGCACAGCGACCGUCGAAACCAACACAAUAUUUUCUGCUCAAGGACAGAUAACAUUACAAUUCAGGACUUGCACUGGCGGCGAGCUUUUCUCGCAGACUAACGGUGAUCAGACGAUCGCAGUGAGCAUAAACGAAACGGGCUCCAUCCGCAUCCGCUGGAACAGUGGUUCGGGCGUGAUGGAGACUGCCGUAGGUGAAGGGUUCAACGACAACCUCUGGACGAUCGUUGAUUUUGUGUAUGUUGGGGAGUCUGUGGUGCUGAGGGUGCGGGAUGAGGCCAUCGAGCUGGCGACGUUCAUCAAGAACCCAACGCUUCUGGAUCUGGCUUUGUCUCCGGUGAUGGUCCUUGGGACGGGCUUUACAGGAUGCAUGGAGGAGAUAGUGGGGAUCGAUUUUGCCAACGCAGUGUCCUGGUCGAACGCGGGAUGGGGAGUCUGCCCUCUUGAUCAAGACAUCGGAUGUGGACCUCAAGACCCUUGUGCCAGUCAGCCGUGUCUAAACAAUGGAUUAUGUAGCAGUGAUGGUAUCGGAUUCACCUGCCAGUGCACCUCAAGAUUCAACGGCACCACAUGUGAAAAUGAUCUAGGUGAACUUUGCAGCAACCCAUCAUUCGCUCUGGACUGCGUCAACGGUGCCUGCAUGGGGGAUGGGGAGUCCAACACCACCUUCUGCAGGUGCAACCCGGGGUACGGAGGACUGGCAUGUAACACCAGCUCCACCCUGUGUGACAGUAACCCCUGUGGUGACAGCGGCGAGUGCCAGACCAACGCCGCUGUGGAUGGAAUCAUAUGCCAUUGUUCAGCAGGUUAUGCAGGCACUCUGUGUACCUUAGAAAUCAAUGACUGUGAGGUGAAUCCAUGCUUGAACGGGGGAACCUGCCAGGACGGCAUCAACUCCUUCACAUGUGAUUGCACCGGUACAGGUUACUCAGGAACCCGCUGCGAAACCAACGAAAACGAGUGCCAGAACAGCCCUUGCCAGAACGGAGCAGGCUGCUCCGACACCAACGGUGGGUACUACUGCACCUGCACGGCGGGGAACAUCGGGCCCAACUGCGCCGACAACCUCUGCUCGUUGACUCCAUGCGAGAACGGUGCCACGUGCUCUGUCAACGAAGGGAAUAUCACUUGCACGUGUGCUGGAGGAUUUGAGGGGGAUCGCUGCCAAACGGACAUUAACGAAUGUGAUUCGGACCCAUGCCAAAACACCGGCAUAUGCCAAGAUAAGCCUAAUGGGUUUGAGUGUUUCUGCCCUCAGGGCUACAUUGGGACUACGUGCGAGACAGAGUUAGAUGAGUGUGGUCAGCAGGAUGUCAAUUCAUGUCUGAACGGCGCAACUUGCAUGGAUCUACCCGUAGGCCACAAUUGCACUUGCGUUCCGGGCUUCACUGAUGCCGACUGCGGGACAAAUAUUGACGAGUGUGCGAGUUCUCCGUGCUCCAACAACGCUACUUGUGUGGAUGAGGUCAACCAAUUCAGAUGCGAGUGCGCACCAGGCUUCAGCGGGAUCAAGUGCGAGAUGAACAUCGAUGAGUGCGCAUCAAACCCUUGCCUAAAUGGUGGAGUCUGCACGGACGAAGUGAAUGGCAAUUUUCAACCAGGGUACGUAUGUGAUUGCUCUGACACUGGGUUUGAUGGUCCUGAGUGCAACAACAACAUUGAUGACUGCGCCUCCAACCCCUGCCAAAAUGAAGGGACCUGCAUGGACGGUAUCAAGUUCUACAACUGUUCCUGUUACAUUGGCUAUGAAGGCAUUGAUUGUAGGAUUGACAUCAAUGAAUGCUCGCCGUCCCCUUGCCAAAAUGGGGCCACUUGUCUUCAGUUGUCCGAUCAGACUCUUUAUGAGCCAGGAAACCAGUAUAGUGAUUACGUUCCGGAUGUCUUCAGUUACGCCAAUGCCAGUGGUUAUGUCUGCGUCUGUCUAGAUGGGUUUGAAGGGGUGGACUGUGAGGUGGACAUUGAUGAAUGUGCUUCAGGUCCUUGCGCCAAUGGUGCAACCUGUAACGAUGGGGUGAACCGCUUUGACUGUGCAUGCGUGAAUGGUUACGAUGGAGACUUUUGUGGAAACGACAUCGAUGAAUGUGCAUCCAGCCCCUGCGCCAAUGGAGCGACUUGUCAAGAUUCUGUCGGUGCGUUUUUUUGUCGCUGUCCGGAAGGGUACGGGGAUACAAGGUGUGAUGUGGUGCUGACCGCCUGCAUUGACAAUACAGAGUGCCUGAAUGGGGCAACGUGCAACCCGUUUUUCAGAGAAGGAGCUCAUGGUUUCUCCUGCACCUGCCCACCAGGAUAUGCAGGACAGUUCUGCGCUGAGGACACAUCAGCUAGCUUCUAUGGCACUGAAGAAUAUCUUGAGUAUGCUUUUCUAUCAGAUCUCCCUUUUCAGUUCUCCUUCUCAUUUUCCACUACUAUCCCCAGUGGGCACUUGCUGCAAUCCUUCUCCCAGGGCGACUCGUUGACAGUUGAAAUGGUGGACGGUUCUCUCUCUGUGACUUCCCGUGAGGGUACAUCUGGGGAAUCUGUUACAAUAACAGGUCUUGGUUCUGAUCUUGAUGAUGGAGAGUGGCAUGACUUUGAAAUAAAUCUCAUCAACUCUGAACCAGGCUUCAUGGAGGCCAAUGUAACAUCAGACAGCUGUCAGAACAACAUCUGCAGCGAAACAGGCACCUUUAACUCCCAACUCUCUGACUUCGGCCUUGUCUAUUUUGGUCAUGUGCCUACAAAUUAUGCAGGACCUAUUACCAACAACGCCUACACUGGAUGCAUGAGGGACGUAAAGCAGACGUCAUCAGACGAUUUCAUCAUGGCCACAAAUCCUACUGAACACGCGGAGAGUGGCUGUUCCAGGACAUUACAGUGCGACCCCGACCCUUGCAAUGGACAAGGAGAAUGCACAGAUCUCUGGUGGACUUAUACUUGCCAAUGUCGGCUUGGAUACACUGGUCCCAGUUGUGAAACAAGCUUUGUGCAGGGAACUUUCAGCUUUGAGGAGACUACAAGCUACGCCAUGUUUGAGACCUCAGGAUAUCCCCUCUCCGAAUCAGAGAACACCAUCAGACUAAUAUUCCGCACCAGAGAACAGGAUGGACUUCUCCUUUACACGGGUUCAGGACAGGACUUCAUCGUACUUGCGAUAGACAACAGCUCUGUUAUUGCUGACGUGUCCUUUGGCGGUACCACUGGAAGCCUCAGGGUAUCUGAUUCUGUCUCUGAUGGGAGGUACCAUUCUCUAGAGUUCAGCCGACAAUCAACCAACAUGAGCCUCACUCUGGACUCAUCCUUGCCUCAGACGGAAGUGCUUGCAGGCAGCAGUGAGCCCUCUUUUGACCAGAUGUUUGUAGGAGGUGUAGCGGAUUUCAACGCUGUUGGCCUACCUGCAGCAGUUUCGGGCUCCAUGUACUUCAAGGGAUGUCUCUGGGAUGUCAAAUACAACAACUACUCCUUGGAGUUCUUCCCCCUGGACAUUGUAGACUUUCAGAUCGACUCCAUUCCUGUUGCCACCAACUCCAAUGUGAUCAGUAUGUGCAACAGUGACAAUACUUGUGAUCCUGAACCCUGCGAAAGUGAAGGGAUCUGCAGCAUCACCUGGAAUGACUUUGAAUGUGAUUGCCCCAACGGUUAUGGAGGGAAGAACUGCUCGGAGGAAACUAUCUGCUCCGUGAACCCAUGUCCAGGGGGUGCAGACUGUCUUGACAGAGAUGAAGGAUAUGAAUGCCUUACACCAGCUACAUUCAGUGGUUCUGGAAGCAUGAUAAAGUACAACAAUAGCCUUAACACUACCAGGGAACUCAGCACCAUCACCUUCCGACUACAGACACGUAGAGAUGUGGGCUUAAUACUGCAUUCCUCCAACGACGUCCUAGGGUACUUCAUCACCAUAGACAUCCAGGAUUCCAAACUAUCCAUCAGGUUCUUCUUUGGUACACAAGCUCGCAGUCUGGGCACCGUCUAUGAAAUCGUGCCUGAUUAUUCCGUCUCGGAUGGUGUUUAUCAUGACGUGAGGAUUACCUUUGCAUCUCCGGAGGUCACAGUUGCGAUUGAUAACUUCAAUGUCACGGAACAAAUCACCUUCCAGGGUGGACUGAGCGACGUGGUUAAUGAUGGCAGCAGUGGGAUAGUAUACCUUGGAGGCACAGAUAUCGCCAACAACGAUUACUUUGACGUCUACACUUCAUACGAAGGGAAUCUAGAGGAUGUGCGCAUCGGAACCUUCUUGUUGCCGUUCUUUAACCAGUCCGUCUACAACGCGACCAACGAGGAACAGUUCUAUGCCAUUGACAUCACCGAUGUCACUAUUGGUGAUGCCGGUCGCGACGUUUGCGCAUCAUCCCCUUGUCAGAAUGGCGGCAAUUGCACUGAUCAAUGGAACGCUUUUAUUUGCAUCUGCCUUCCAGGAUUUACCGGGGACUACUGCGAGACGAACAUCGACGAGUGUGACCCUGAUCCAUGUCAGUUCAGUUCAACAUGUUUUGAUUUGGUGAACGGAUACAACUGUUCCUGUGCACCUGGUUAUGAAGGCACCAACUGCGGCGUGGAUAUCGAUGAGUGCGCGUCGGAUCCCUGCCAGAAUGAAGGGGCGUGCACAAAUGGCACUGCUGAAUUUACUUGCGAUUGUCCUGCAGAGUUCACAGGGAGAAUGUGUGAAUUUAAUAUAUCUGCAACGUGCGACAACGACCCAUGCUUAAACGGUGGGACAUGUUCUGAUGUUCCCAAUCCUCCUGCUGGCUCUGACAGCUUCACGUGUGCCUGCGUCCCAGGCUACGAGGGUGCACGUUGCGCAUAUGAGACUGACUACUGCGCUUCCGUCCCGUGCCAGAACGGAGCUACGUGUGUUUCGGACAGAACGUUGUUGGCCUAUGAUUGUCAGUGCGUAACUGGCUACACUGGUAACGAUUGUCAAACAAAUAUUGAUGACUGCCAGCCUGAUUCUUGUCUCAAUGGAGCACCAUGCGUGGAUGGUGUGAAUGAGUUCAUGUGUGAUUGCUUAGCAGGCUACACAGGUCAAUCUUGUGAUAUCAAUAUCGACGAAUGCUUAUCGAACCCAUGCUAUGCUGGGACGUGUGAUGAUCUGAUUGACAGUUACACAUGCGCCUGUCCCGACAAUUACGAAGGCGUGCAUUGUGACGUAGAUGUCAAUGAAUGCAUGACCCUUGACCCUUGCCAAAAUGGAGGCAACUGUUCUAACACUGAGGGCAACUAUACCUGCACUUGCCCCGAGGGUGUCUUUGGUCGAAACUGCGAAAUUGCCCCGUGCAGUCCCAAUCCCUGCCAGCACGACGGUCAAUGCUCCGUUGAGUCCCCCGAUAGUGUCCUUUGCAAUUGCACCCUGGGAUAUGUAGGGGACGUGUGCGAAGUGGCCGAUUGUUCGGCUGUCGUCUGCCAGAACGGCGGGCUUUGUAGUGUGGACUGGGGAACAAGCUCCUGGUGGUGCAUCUGUAUAGAGUUUAACGAAGGUACGCGUUGCCAAUUUGCGGGCCCCUGCAUCAAUCCCCCUUGCCAGAACGAAGGCACGUGCUCCCAGACGCUGGACCCCGCCGACGACUCGUUCACGUACCAGUGUUCCUGCCUGACGGGUUUCAACGACACGAACUGCCAGAACGAGAUUGACUGGUGCGACAGCAACCCUUGUCAGCAAGAGGGAAGUAACUGUACGUCCGACAGGGUGACUUUCACCUGCACGUGUGCGCCGGGUUACAGUGGUAUAGUUUGUGAAAUCAAACUGCCCGACUGCGCCAGCAACCUGUGUCUAAACGAGGCCACCUGCACAGACCUGCCUUACGACUAUGAGUGCACCUGCGUAGCGGGAUAUACCGACAAGAACUGCGGAACCAACAUUGAUGAAUGCGUCGAUAACCUGUGCGUCAAUGGGGCAACCUGCACAGAUCUUGUCAAUGGCUACGAAUGUAACUGUGAAGGAACAGGUUUCCAAGGAACUUACUGUGAGGAAGACAUCCUGGAGUGCAACGCGACCGUCAACCCUUGUAGCAACGGAGGGACAUGUAAGGAGGAACCCGGCAGCUACAAGUGCGAGUGUGUAGAAGGGUACCUGGGACCGCAGUGCCUUAUUAUGGACCCCUGCUUCACGGAAGGUAUCUGCCAGAACGGAGGAACGUGUGUUCUCUUGGACGCGACGCCGACCUAUGAGUGUGAAUGUGCGGACGGCUACUCAGGCGACAACUGCGAAAAUACGGCAACUAACAUUAAUUGGAUCAUCAUCGGAGCGUCGCUUGCCGCGGCAGUCGUGCUUAUCAUCGUCAUCAUCUUACUCUCCUUCUUCGUAUGUUCGGUCAGGAAAAAGAGGGCGACACAGGGAUCGUACAGCCCCAGCCGGCAGGAGAUGACCGGCUCGUUCGUCGAGAUGGACAACGUCCUGAAAAUGCCUCCAGAGGAGCGACUCAUAUGAUAGGGUGCCAGAAUCAUGGACAAUUUUUGUGUGGAAUAGAACACAGAUCAGUGCCUUCCAUCUUCGAUAGAUGAUAUAUAUAUAUAUUAAAGCAGAGCCUUCGCAGAGAGAUAGUGCGUGAAGUUUACACCCGUGCAUUCCAAUUUGAAUUAAAGUGUGUUGCAAACUAGACGUGUGGAUGUUGUUGCAGGUAGCACCAUUAUAGUCGACAUUGGAUAGAUAGUAGCAAAAUUGAAUGGACGCAGUAAUUGACUAUUGCCAACAGUACGUCUCCAAAGCUUUUUUACGAUGUACUACAGUUUACGUUUAGGCCUUUCACCUUGAGGGAGAAUAACCUGUCAUGUGAUUCGGUGGGAUUCCAAACUCUGCAUUCCUAGCUUGUAGAAAGAAUGGAUAUAUUUUUAGCGAACUUAGUGAGCGUAGCAUAGCAGUGAUAGUACUCAUGUACUACUUCAAGCUUCACGAUGCUUUAGAACGUCACUUAUCAUCUAAAUUGAUUGAUUCACUUGAUGAUAGGAUUCGAAGGAGAUCACAGAAGCAGAUGAGGUCUAUAAUCCACUCACAUUAAGCUGUUUAAUAUUUGAAGUCCGGCAAGGAUCACAAUUGAAGGGACCUCCAUCCACUACCACUUGCCUGGGAACAUGCAGUGUACAUGCACAUACACCAUGAUAGAAGGAAGAGAGAAUCAGUGGAAGCACCUCUUUUAAUCCAUGAUUCUUUUUUAGGAGCUUCAAAAACUUCUUUCGCAAAUAUGUUAAUUGUUUAAAGAAAUGCUGUUUGGAGGAUUGAAAUCAUCUGCAAUAAAGUUUAUUUGAAAUGAGGAUGGUUAUGUGGAUUAUUCAGAACAUGAUGGAAAAAUUUUGCAACCAAAGAUUUUUUUGAGAAGACCUGAAGUUUGGCCAAUAAAGCUUGAAGAAAAUGUUUGCUAUUUAUGUAGCUGUCUCUGAUGGAUAAGAAGCUCAAGGCAAAAUAGAAUUAGUGAUUAUUCUACUGUAGGUGCCAGCAAGUAAGCACAUGUUCAUGUCAUGAAGAAACUAGGGGACCUACAGCUGUGAGUCUUAUCCAAAGGAUAAGAUAAAUCCCUAUACUGUAGAGCAUUGGUGCAGGCUCAUAGAUUCUAAAAUUGAUGUCAUGCUUUAAAAGAAGGAGGGGGAAAAAUGCGUUGAUAAUCACCGGGUUAUAGUAAUAAUAAGAAUCUUGAGCAUUUGAGUUCUUGUAUAAAUCUAUGUCCGUCAAACUUGAGACUCCUGGGUGCCCUGUUUCAUAAAACUAGAUAUCAAUAACAAAUGCUAAAGUUCCAUGACCAAUUUGCUCUCAGCCAAUCAAAUGGCUUGUUUUCAAUAGCUUAUAAC